GGUCCCUCCUCUAAUCUGAGGCCUGUUGUCUGUGUCAUGCUGAUCAGGAAGCAGUUUGUUGCUGCAGACUGGAGGCAUGGCCACGUUUUUCGGAGAGGUUUUGUCGGUGUUCAGCCGGGCAGUGGAUGAUGAGGAGGAAGAUGAUAAAGAAGAAGAGGAUGAGGAGGACAGAGAGAUCAAGAGAGAGCUGGAAAAGAAAAGGGAGGUGACGCUGACCUGGAGCCCCGAGACCAGCGCAGCUAUCGAGGACUCUCCUGAACACAGGCUCAGUUGCUCCAGUCUGAUUCUGGCUGUCGGUGACAAUGCUACAGGGUUUGUGUCUUCCCAUAUCCUGAGCUCUGGGAGUUGGGAAGUCUCCGGACAUAUAACGUUAUGGAAUGAGAGGUGUCGGGAGCACGCGCCCAGAUCUGACACUACCCCGUCUUCCUGCGUCUUCUACCGCUGCAUCACAGACCCCACGGUGAUCCUGUGUCAGUGUUUCUGUUACGUGGCCGAGGACCAGCAGUUCCAGUGGUGUGAGAAGGUCCUCGGCUGUCUACAGAAAGACAAUUUAAAGGUGACUAUCCUGUCCACCUGCCCGGUGUCUGACUACAAAACCCCAGAAUCCACGUACAACCUCCCAGUCCCCUUUCUGAAGGUGCUGAAGACCAAACACUACACGAAUGGGACUCCCUGCGGCCCCCUGGAGCAGCCGAAUAUCGCGGAUGGGCUCCCCGCCGCUGUGAUGGCGCACUGUCAGGUGUGGAGGAUUCCCGCCAUCUAUUAUCAGUGCUACACAGACAUCACCAAACUGGAUUCCGUCACCAUGGAGGCUUUCCGGUCAGUCCUAUCCUGCCAGAGUAUGAGCCUUCUGGCUGCGAAAUCUGAAAAUAUUUUAGAAACCCUGAGGAACAGCAUGAGAACGACUGAAGUGCAGAGCAACCUGUACAUAUAG